AAAGUAUGAAGAUUUGUCUAUGGAAACACAGAACGGAAUCUUGUAAAAGAUUAGGCCAUUUCAUAAAACAAAUGUAUAGUAACUCGCAGAAAAUAUCUUCGGGACAGUUGUAUUUAUUUCAGCUUUGCAUUUUAUUUUAAAUUGAAUCGUGAGCCGUAUUGUAGGUCCACUGGAAAGGAUUCAUCUUCGACUCUCGCGGAAGGGUUAGCAGUCUCGAUUCUGCAAUAGAAAAGAUUUGCAUUAGAGGAGACGUAAGGAGCGGAUAGGGGGCGCUAGUUGUCUGGUUCACUGUUGGCUGGGAAACACUGAACCCUUGACUCAGGAAUAGGAUGUCAGUGCUGAAUCAGAGUGGAGAAGAGCAGGUGGAAUGUCCCCUGUGUAUGGAACCGCUCGAGGUGGACGAUCUCCACUUCUACCCGUGCACAUGUGGAUACCAAAUAUGCCGUUUCUGUUGGAACCGCAUACGGGAGGGCGAGAACGGCCUGUGUCCCGCGUGUCGGAAGGCGUAUCCGGAGAACCCUGCAGACUUCACCCCGCUCAGUCAAGAGCAGGUGGCAGCCAUAAAGACGGAGAAGAAGGCACGCGAGCAGAAGCGGCGGAACAAGACGCUGGAGUCGCGGCGAGCGCUCGCGAACGUUCGCGUCGUGCAGAACAACCUCGUGUUCGUCGUGGGGCUGCCGGUGCGGCUCGCCGACCCCGAGAUCCUCAAACGUCAGGAGUACUUUGGCAAAUAUGGCAAAAUUCACAAAGUAGUUAUAAACCAAAGUACCGCGUAUGCGGGGUCACAGGGUCCGUCAGCGUCGGCGUACGUGACGUACGUGUCGCCGGCGGACGCGCUGCGAGCGAUCCAGGGCGUCAACAACGUGUCGCUGGACGGCCGCGUGCUCAAGGGCUCGCUCGGCACCACCAAGUACUGCGCCAACUUCAUGAAGAACCAGCCCUGCCCCAAGCCCGACUGCAUGUACCUGCACGAGCUAGGUGAUCCGAAGGCGUCGUUUACGAAGGAAGAGAUGCACGCGGGCCUACACCAAGUGUACGAGCGCAAGCUGCACCACCAACUCCUACAGCAGCAGCGGGACAAGCCCGCCCCCACCCCAGGUAACUCUAGUACGAAUGCAGAAAAAGGCAGUUCAAAAGAUGGUAAUCAAUCGAACUUUAUUCCGACAACAGUGGUCACAUCGUCUCAUAUAAACGUAGUCAAUUCAACUAAAUCAAAUAAAAAGGACCCGGCGAAUAGCAAUAGUAACGGCCACGGUAACGGUAACGGGCACGGUAACGGUAGCGGUAGCGGCAGCAGCAGCGGCAGUAACGGCGACGCGAGUAGUAGUGCGAGCAGCAGUAACGGGAAGGAGGCGUGGCCAAGCCUCGGAUCGUCGCCACCGUCCGAAAGCCCAGCCAGAAAACAGCCGAGUCCGAAGCCACAACAGUCUACAGUUAAGUCACAAGAAAACGGCACAUCAGAAUCCUCAAGUCCCACACUUUUACAACAGCAGUCUCAAACGAAAAGCAAAGAUCACACGGCGGACAAAUCCAGGAGCAAAGAGAACGGCACAGCGGUACCGGCGAAGAGGAGCAAAAGCGAUAAAAAACACAAAAACAACGACACAGACGACUCAGACAAAUACACAAACACAAAUAUGAACACUAGCACACAACAGCAACAGUCUUUAUUCGAAAACGACACACAGAGUUUCCUAUCAAACGAAUUGGACGAGUUAGAAUCAGAUAGACACAGCCUUUUAGAGAAUCAUGACUUAUUAGACAAUAGUGACCACAGUUUGUUGGAAGACGACAACACGCAUAACCUUCUGAAUGAUGGGAACAACGAGGCGCUGAUGAUGCAGAGGCAUAGAGAAAUGCUCGCUGGCCUGGUCGAGCCCAACCAUAUACUGCCGCAUAUGAAGACUCCUUUAGUGAAUGGUUAUGGACUGUUAGACAGAGAUGUGAGCUAUUUAGGUAACGAAAGAGGGGUUAGUGAAAUGAGCCAAGGCCUGCUGGAGCAACAGAAGGAACUGGCGAUGCGCGCGCGCCGCGACCUGCUGCGGCCCGACGCGCGCCGCGACCGACGCUUCCUGCCGCUCGCCGGCCUGCCGCACGACUCCGCUAGUGAAUUAUUAGGUGCUAAUUAUCAUCCAAAUCCCAAUAUGCUUCCACCGUUCGGUAUGCGGGUAGAUAAUUCAAUGGGCUCGAGUGGGCUGACAUCCGGGGCGCUGCCCGGGGGCCUCCCGUCCGGGGGCCUGGCGUCCGGGGCGAUGUCCGGGGGCCUCCCGUCCGGAGGCCUGGCGUCCGGGGGCCUGUCGUCAAGUGGGCUGUCCGGUGGCCUGGCGUCUAGCGGGCUGUCCGGUGGCAUCCCGUCCGGGCCGCUGUCCGGGGGCAUGCCGUCGAUGACGGCCAUGCCAGGCAUGAACUAUAUGCUGAGCCACCAACAAAUGAUGCAGAAUCAACAAGUGCAGCAACAGGCACUUGUGAACGGAUUCGAUGCGCCACAGUCGGCUAGCGAAGGAAGGUACCUCGCAGAGAACAUGGACAAGUUCUUCACAGACUUCCACAAGGCGCAACAGCUCCGAAUCCUCUCGCGCGGCGCUGACGACUUCCGCCCGCGCGCGCCGCACAAUAUGCUGUCUGCUUCUAGCCUCGAGCGCGAACACAAGCACAGAAUGAACAAUUUAAGAAGCACAGAAGCCAACGGCGGCCGCGCCGCGGGUGACGGGGACGACGACUUAGACUUCGACCCCUUCAAGGAAACACAGAAAGCGCUCGCGGAAAUGAUGGAGUCGGAAAUGAUGCAGAACACAGUUUCUAGCGGGGACAGCAUGGAGCGCAUGCGGCGCGCGCGGCUGCCGCCGCCGGGCUUCGCCGCGCGCGCGCCGCUGCACCACGCCCACCACAACCACCACAACCACGCCCACAACCAGGGUUACAACACAAACAGCGCAAUGUUCGCGGACUGGACGCAGAUGGACCCCGCCAUCAUGUCGACGUCGGUAGCGGGCGGCGCGGGGGGCCACGGGGGCCACGCGGGCGCGGGGGGCCACUCGGGGGGCCAGCAGGAGCUGCUGGCGCGCUUCAGCCAGCUGGGGCUGGGCGGGCGUGCGGCGUGGGCGGCGCCCAAGCUGCCGUGGGCGGGGGUCCCGCUGCCCCCCGGCUUUGCCCCCUCCAAGCCCCCCCAACGGCCCGCCGAAUGUGUCGACGCCAACUAAAUCACCCCCAUGAUGUAUUUUCCGUUCGGCCCUGUCGUCUCUUUCCGUUGGUGAUGUGAUCGAUAAAUCUUUGUAUUGAGAGGAGCGUAUUUUAAACGAGAGAAAUAUGAUAACAAAGGAAUUUGUAAAAUAAAUUAACCUAUUUGUUUUAUUUAAAGUUUGAUUUUUCUUUUCUUUUCCGUUCGGUCCUCGGCUCGGCCUUUUCUAUUAUCAUAUUUCUUCUUCCGAUUUCGUUCUUUCCGUGUCUCGGAGCGCGUUGUAUGUAUAUUCGUUAUAUGUUAUAUAUUUACUAGAAUCAUAUCCCUGUUACGACAGAUUAUAUUUUCUAUAUUAAAAUGAGAUGCCAAUUUACUCGCUGUUCCAUUUGUACCUUAUUGAGCCAAUACCAUGAAAAGGAUCAUUAAAAUUAAAACGAGAUUAUUAUAA